AUGUCGACUCCUCGCACUACGCAAGCAUACCGUCUAUCGUCAUUCGACAAGAGCCUCGAAGGUCUUGUGCUCGACGACAAGGUUGCGCUGCCCGAUGUAGGGCAGCUAGCACCCACUUCGGUGCUCGUCGAGGUUCAUGCCGUAUCGCUCAACGCACGCGACUACCAGAUUGCAUCGGCGACGUAUCCUGCACCCACGACUCCUCCUGCGGGUCUGAUUCCUGUUUCGGACGGAGCCGGAAAAGUGCUUGCGGUUGGAUCGGCCGUUUCCACCGUCAAGACCGGCGAUCGUGUAGUCACGCACCUCAGCUCCGACUGGCGUCACGGCGAGAUCGGCAACGAGAUGCAGGCCAGUGCACUCGGCGGUGGCCGCGAUGGUGUUCUGGCCAAGCACGUGGUACUGGACCAGUACAACCUGCUACGCAUCCCGGCGCACAUGGACUACCGUCAAGCAGCCUCGCUUCCCGUCGCUGGGCUCACCGCAUACCACUGCCUGCUCGGAUUCCCCAAGACCGUCCAGCAAGGUCAGACUGUGCUGAUCGAGGGAACGGGUGGCGUGAGUAUUGCGGCACUCCAGAUCGCGCUCGCUGCAGGCGCCCGUCCGAUCGUCAUCUCGAGCUCGGACGACAAGCUCAAGCUCUGCCAGAGCCUCGGUGUGCACAAGGACGACUGCAUCAACUACUCGAACGACAAGAACUGGUGGCAGACGGUGCGCGCCCGCACCCCGCGUGGCGAGGGCGUGGACCACACCGUCGAAAUCGCAGGUGGCAGCACGCUCAACCGAGCCCUGAUGGCCACCAAGGCGUACGGAAGCGUCUGGGUCGUGGGCUACAUGGACGACUACAAAUCCACCAAGGACUCUGACGACGGUCUUCCCGACACGGCCAAGGCGAUUCUCUACUCGCAGGCCCAGGUGCAGGGCGUCAUGUGUGGCAGCUACAAGCUCUUCCAGCAGUACCUCGAGGCGCACGCCACCGCACAGCGCAACGUCGACAACAAGCUCGCUGCGAUCAACGUGCUCCAGCCGCUCGUCAUCCCGGAACAGGUGUUCAGCUUCGCCGACGCCAAGAAGGCCUUUGAGCUCCAGGGAUCCGGCCGCUUCGUCGGUAAGGUCAUCAUCGACGUCGCCGACGCCAACUAG